CUCAUAUACACCGACCAGAGCUGUCCCUCUUUCUCUCUCGCCCCACAAGCCCCAACCCCUCUCUCUCUCUCUCUCUCUCUCUCUGUGUCUGUCUGUCUCUGAUAGCCGGUGACAAUGGCGUCCACGAUUCCUGAAAACCUAAGCCGAGAGCAGUACGUGUUCCUGGCGAAGCUGGCGGAGCAAGCGGAGCGCUACGAGGAAAUGGUGCAGUUCAUGCAGAAGCUGGUCCUGGGGUCGACCCCGGCAUCGGAGCUCAACGUGGAGGAGCGGAACCUCAUGUCCGUGGCCUACAAGAACGUGAUCGGGUCGCUCCGAGCCGCGUGGCGGAUCGUGUCGUCGAUCGAGCAGAAGGAGGAGAGUCGCAAGAACGAGGAACACGUGGUGUUAGUCAAGGAGUACAGAUCGAAGGUCGAGGCCGAGCUCUCGGAGGUCUGCGCUAGCAUUCUCAGGCUCCUGGACUCUAACCUCGUUCCCUCGGCCUUGGCUAGUGAGUCCAAGGUCUUCUACUUGAAGAUGAAGGGGGACUAUCAUCGCUACAUGGCGGAGUUCAAGGCCGGGGAUGAGAGGAAAACUGCUGCGGAGGAUACUAUGCUUGCGUACAAGGCUGCUCAGGAUAUUGCUCUUACGGAUCUUGCUCCAACGCAUCCGAUAAGGUUGGGUCUAGCGCUCAACUUCUCUGUGUUCUACUUCGAGAUUCUCAAUCAGUCAGACAAAGCGUGUAGCAUGGCUAAACAGGCAUUUGAGGAAGCUAUCGCUGAGCUAGACACUUUGGGAGAAGAAUCAUACAAGGACAGCACCCUCAUCAUGCAACUUCUAAGGGACAACCUCACUCUUUGGACCUCUGAUGUGCCAGACCAGUUAGAUGAACCAUAGAAAGUAAUAUUGAAAAAGCUUGAGCGGUCCUAUUCUUCUUCUGGAGGAGGUGGGCUUCGAAUGUCAUUUGUGUGUUGUUUAAUAGUGUGUAAUAGUUUGAAGAUCAUGGGCAUCACCCAUAACAUGAUGUUUUUUAUAUUCAGACUAAACCAAUUUGUAUGGAAAAAGGGUAGCAUUUGAUAA